GUGACAGUGACAGCAGCCUCUCCCAUUAUAUCUUAUUGGGUGAUUUUCUAGCCGUAAUCCAGCUCUGCGCUAACGUUAGUUAGCUAACUAGCCAAGCAGCUACAGGAGAUAGAGGACUUGUCAGCGCUUGCAGUAUUUGUUAGCUUUCUUUUUAGUGCGUCAAUUAAAAAACAAACAUUGAACAUUGACGUUAAAUCCAACCAGAGGCUUCGGUUAGUGCAGCUAGCUAGAAGCUAAUAGCUAAGAGCUAAGCUAGCAGAGUUGUAAAUGGCGUCGGAUACGAGUGAUGCCGAGGAGUUUUACGACGCAGCGGAGGAUGUCAACUUGUCUCCUUCUCCGAAUGUGUCGCCUGCAAAGUUUGUCAUUCCCCAGUCUCAGGCUGUAGAGACUCCAGUCCAAGAAGAAGCUGCUGCAUCAGAGCCCCGCCAUGACGACUCGCUCCAGAUCAUCGACAGUAUUAUAGAGGAGAGUCAAAAAGGUGGCGAAGUCGAGGAGGUUCUUUUGAGCGGCAAGGAGAACAGCUCCGCCUCCUCGAUUCCGGAACCUUCGGUAGCUCCAGAUGCCCCUGCGGCUCCCGCCGAACUCGAGGUCACACAGGAAGUGAGGUCGCAGGACAUACCGGACACAAGGGAAGUGGAUUCUGAUGGAGCUCUUGCAUCUCAGGACGAAACAACUUCUUCUCCUCCGCCUCCUCCUCCUCCAGACAUCACACGUACUCUGGGGACGUCUCAGUCCACCGACACAGACACGCCCAAUACGGCAGACAUCUUGGAUCAGGUGCCGCUCGAAGAAAAAACGGAUUCAGACUCUUCCGGCCCAUCAAAGCCUCCCAGGCAGUUUACAGUGGAGCCGGAUAUUGUAGCCAGCACCAAGAAAACUCCGCCCUCGAGACCACCACCUCCUAGUGGAGCUCCGCCUCCCAGGCCUCCGCCCCCGACUCGCCCUUCUCUCCCUGCCAGUAAAAAGUCUCAGGAAAGCAUUCGGCCCACGAGGCUGGAGGUGUCUGCACAGGGUGCGGAGGAGCCGUGUGGAUUGGUCAGUCCCAACUCCAGCGUCAGAGGACUCGCUAAAGAGCUGCAGCACUCUCUGGACCUCGCCAGCGCCACCAGUGGGGAUAAAGUAGUGACAGCGCAGGAAACUGAUGACCGAGAGCCCAGUCCGAGUGGUAGUGAAACACCUGGACCUCAGAGACCACGCUCUAACUCCGGCAGAGAGCUCACUGAUGAGGAGAUCUUGGCGAGCGUGAUGAUUAAGAACCUGGACACGGGUGAGGAGAUCCCACUGAACCAGGCUGAGGAGAAACUCCCUGCAGGAAUCAACCCCCUCACCCUGCACAUCAUGAGGAGGACCAAGGAGUACAUCACGAACGACGCCGCGCAGUCAGACGACGACGAUAAGGGGCAGCCGCCGCUCACCGACUCCGACGGAGGGAAACUCAAACAGAAAACCACCCAGCUGAAGAAGUUCCUGGGCAAGUCGGUGAAGCGGGCGAAGCACCUGGCGGAGGAGUAUGGUGAGCGCGCGGUGAACAAGGUGAAGAGUGUGCGGGACGAGGUUUUCCACUCCGAGCAGGACGAGCCGUCAUCCAGCGACGACGAGGGCAUGCCGUACACACGGCCCGUCAAAUUCAAAGCAGCGCACGGCUUCAAGGGUCCCUUCGACUUCGACAACAUCCGAGUGGUGCAGGAUCUCAGCGGAGAGCACAUGGGAGCAGUCUGGACGAUGAAGUUCUCUCACUGCGGCCGGCUUUUAGCUACAGCCGGUCAGGACAACGUGGUUCGCAUCUGGGUCCUCAAAAAUGCUUACGACUACUUUAACAACAUGAGAAUCAAAUACAACACAGAGGGUCGUGUGUCACCUUCGCCUUCUCAAGAGAGUCUGUGCUCAUCCAAGUCUGACACUGAAGGAGGGCUGGCGGGAGCAGCAGCGGAGGACUCGGACCUCGAGGACAGAAACGUUCCCUUCAGGCAGAUUCCCUUCUGCAAGUAUAAAGGCCACACAGCUGACCUUCUCGAUCUCUCCUGGUCUAAGAACUACUUCCUGUUGUCGUCGUCCAUGGAUAAGACGGUGCGUUUGUGGCACAUAUCGAGGCGAGAGUGCCUCUGCUGUUUCCAGCACAUCGACUUCGUCACAGCGAUCGCCUUCCAUCCCAGAGACGACCGCUAUUUCCUGAGCGGCUCUCUGGACGGUAAGCUGCGUCUGUGGAACAUCCCGGAUAAGAAGGUGGCUCUGUGGAACGAGGUGGACGGCCAGACGCGCCUCAUCACCGCCGCUAACUUCUGCCAGAACGGCAAAUACGCCGUCAUCGGCACCUACGACGGACGCUGCAUAUUCUACGACACCGAGCGCCUUAAGUACCACACGCAGAUCCACGUGCGCUCCACCAGGGGUAGGAACCGCGUGGGCCGCAAAAUUACCGGCAUUGAGCCUCUGCCUGGAGAGAACAAGAUCCUGGUGACAUCAAACGACUCGCGCAUUCGUCUGUAUGACCUGAGAGACCUUUCGCUGUCCAUGAAGUACAAAGGCUACGUGAACAGCAGCAGUCAGAUCAAAGCUAGCUUCAGUCACGAUUACUCGUUCAUCGUGAGCGGCUCCGAGGAUAAAUACGUGUACAUCUGGAGCACGUACCACGACCUGAGCAAAUUCACCUCUGUACGAAGGGACCGCAAUGACUUCUGGGAAGGAAUUAAAGCCCAUAACGCAGUCGUGACGUCGGCCAUCUUUGCCCCGCACCCGGAUCUGAUCGUGCCUCCGGAGCCGGGGGCGGAGAAACCCGACACAGAAUGCAAAAGCGACGUCUCCGACGAAUCGGAGCCCAUCCCAUCAGGAGCUUUAAAAACAGAUCACACGGAAGUUCUCCUCUCUGCCGACUUCACAGGCGCCAUCAAAGUGUUCGUCAACGUGAAAAAAUACUGAGCGCUUUUAAUCCGACAGACUGUUUAUUAAAAACAAAAAAACAAACAAACAAAAAAAAAAGCAGCUUUGUUUUAAAAACAGAUGAUUCCACUAGUAUCACUUUAUCGUAUGUCUUUAAUCAGAGGGCUAUAAACCCCACCCACAGCUCCUCCUUCGUCUACCGAUCGGCUUCUGGCGAGUGCUCUGAGAGGGUGAAGCGGGGGUCAUCGCUAUGCCCCGCCCUCUCUGCAGGGAACAGGGACCCAGGAAGUGGAGAUGUUGCAGGACUUUGAUGGGGGGAAAAGGAUGAAAAUCGAGGAACGGUUCCAGAUCACGACGCACUCCGUUUUAUCUUCCGUCUUUUUUUUUUUUUUUCUUCUUCUUCUUUUCUUUCGACAGACGGCGGUAAUUUACAAAACGAGGUUGGUUUUGAGGAAAAAAAAUCCAGAAUGUUCUCAGUGCAAUGGGGAUGAGAUCUAACUGACCCACAGCACCAUGACACACAACAGGCCUCAGUUAUCAAGCUUUUAAUAAAGUGUGUACAGGGAACUAGAAACUCGUGCUACGUUUACAAAGAUUUUCGGCGCCGAUUUUUAACUCGUACAGGAACAAUUUCAUUAUUAACGCCGUUUCGUUGGAAAUCAGCAGGCGGGUUCACGGUACAGCAGAUUUGCGUUUAUCCACAACUCCAGUGGGCAUGUACUCACUUUUCCACUAAUGCAGCUCAGCCAAUGCAGCAGUUUAACACACAAACCUUUCUAUUUGCUGUUUGCUUUGGAACUUUUCCCUCCAAAGUCAUAAAUAUGAAGCGUUAACGGUCAACAAUCUGGUGAAAUUAACAAGCUUUAAUAAAUCUCGAGUAAUUUGCCGAUGGAAAUCAGUCUAAACGAACAAGAUGCUACGUGCAGAUGCCUGCUGUAGAACAUCUGCGUAGAAGGUUUGGGAUUAGUCAUAGCUAGCGCGCUAGUUAUAUAGACGUGAACGAGGUCCAGAGGUGCUGCAGUGUUUUUCUUUGGUCUGGAUGACUGCUGAGUCGCAGUCGUUUUUUUUUUUUUUUGUUCCCGAUUUGCAGUUAAGUUCGGCGAUGGUUGUUGGUUUGUUUCCAUGGUUACGGGUACAAAACGUCGUUUAUCUCCUCCACCUGACCAGAAAAACGGUUCAGACGUCGUUACAAAGAGAGAAUGUACGAUUUUUUUGAUCAAAUGGACAAAAAUCGAAUUUUUCUUCCCUAAACACGAAAACAGGUUUUCUUUCUGCUGCGGUUUUACACUGUGUGUUAAAUGUUAAGUUUAAGCCACGUAUCCUACAUUACAGUUUCAUAUCUGAUCAGUGAUGUAAGCUAGCAGCACACACACACACACACACACACCAGUUCCUAUUCGCUUCCUCUUCAUUCUGUUUUGAGCUUUUCACACACUUUCAGUUUUGGGUGUUUAUCAGUGUUACUGUUUGCUUGUACAAAAAAAAAAAAAAAACAAAGAAAAAAAUAAAUCGAACCACUUUGUUAUUUUUUUUUAAAGGAUUCAUGAAAGAAUAAAGUAUAAAGGAUUUCAUGGACAAUGA